AACGCGGCUAAUUGGAGACUAAACAUCGUCACGAUGGAACACUAAAAAGGAUACAGUGCGCGAAAGGAUUAAAUGUAGGGCCUCCUCGAAGGAGCAGGGAUAUAGGCCCAUAUAUUUGAAGCAUACGUGUGAAAUGUGAAGUGACCGAGUGAGAUUCCGAUUCUGACUACGCAUAGACCUUAGGAAAUCGGCAGAGAAAUGGGUAGCACCAGCGAAUCCGAUGCCGAAAAGGCAUUGGGCUCUCGGCUGGAUUACGAUCUGAUGAUGGCCGAGGAGUACAUACUCAGUGAUGUGGAGAAGAAUUUCAUAUUAUCCUGCGAGCGUGGUGAUCUGCCGGGUGUGAAAAAGAUCCUCGAGGAAUAUUUGGGCACGGACAAGUUCAACAUCAACUGCACGGAUCCCAUGAAUCGCUCGGCCCUAAUUUCGGCCAUCGAGAAUGAGAACUUCGAUCUGAUGGUCAUCCUGCUGGAGAACAACAUCGAGGUGGGCGACGCCCUGCUCCAUGCGAUCUCGGAGGAGUAUGUGGAGGCCGUGGAGGAGCUGCUGCAGUGGGAGGAGACGAACCACAAGGAGGGCCAGCCCUAUAGCUGGGAGGCGGUGGACCGCUCCAAGUCCACCUUCACCGUGGACAUCACGCCCCUCAUCCUGGCCGCCCAUCGCAAUAACUACGAGAUACUCAAAAUCCUCCUGGAUCGCGGGGCCACGCUGCCCAUGCCGCACGACGUCAAGUGUGGCUGCGAUGAGUGUGUGACCUCCCAGACGACGGACUCCCUGCGCCACUCGCAGUCGAGGAUCAACGCGUACAGGGCUCUCUCGGCCAGUUCGCUGAUAGCACUUAGCUCCCGAGACCCUGUACUGACCGCCUUCCAAUUGUCCUGGGAACUCAAGCGCCUGCAGGCGAUGGAAUCGGAGUUUCGUGCCGAAUACACGGAGAUGCGUCAGAUGGUGCAGGACUUCGGCACCUCGCUCCUGGACCACGCACGCACAUCCAUGGAGCUCGAGGUGAUGCUCAACUUCAACCACGAGCCGUCCCACGACAUCUGGUGUCUUGGCCAGCGACAGACUUUGGAGCGAUUGAAGCUAGCCAUUCGAUAUAAGCAAAAGACGUUUGUGGCACAUCCGAAUGUCCAACAGUUGUUGGCCGCCAUUUGGUACGAUGGUCUGCCCGGAUUUCGUCGCAAGCAGGCCUCCCAGCAGCUGAUGGAUGUGAUGAAGCUCGGCUGCAGUUUUCCCAUCUACAGUUUGAAGUACAUUUUGGCCCCGGAUUCCGAGGGGGCCAAGUUCAUGCGCAAGCCCUUUGUCAAGUUCAUCACGCACUCCUGCUCCUACAUGUUCUUUUUAAUGCUUUUGGGUGCCGCCUCUUUGAGGGUGGUGCAAAUCACCUUUGAACUGCUCGCCUUUCCCUGGAUGUUGACCAUGCUGGAAGAUUGGAGGAAACACGAAAGGGGUUCUCUACCAGGUCCCAUUGAACUUGCCAUCAUCACCUACAUAAUGGCUUUGAUAUUCGAGGAACUGAAAUCACUGUAUUCGGAUGGACUGUUUGAGUACAUCAUGGAUCUGUGGAACAUAGUGGACUACAUAUCGAAUAUGUUCUAUGUGACGUGGAUUCUUUGUAGAGCCACCGCUUGGGUUAUAGUUCAUCGAGAUCUCUGGUUCCGAGGAAUAGAUCCGUACUUCCCCCGCGAGCACUGGCAUCCCUUUGAUCCCAUGCUCUUAUCGGAGGGCGCCUUUGCUGCAGGAAUGGUCUUUUCAUAUCUUAAACUGGUCCACAUAUUUUCCAUUAAUCCGCAUUUGGGUCCCUUGCAAGUUUCACUGGGUCGCAUGAUAAUCGAUAUUAUAAAGUUCUUCUUUAUCUACACACUGGUUCUGUUUGCCUUUGGCUGUGGUCUCAAUCAAUUGCUUUGGUACUACGCUGAACUGGAGAAGAACAAGUGCUAUCAUUUGCAUCCCGAUGUGGCGGAUUUUGAUGACCAGGAAAAGGCCUGUACCAUCUGGCGAAGAUUUUCAAACUUAUUUGAAACAUCACAAUCCCUUUUUUGGGCCUCAUUUGGCCUUGUGGACCUGGUCUCAUUCGAUUUGGCGGGAAUCAAGAGCUUCACCCGUUUCUGGGCCCUCCUGAUGUUCGGUUCCUAUUCGGUUAUCAAUAUCAUUGUGCUGCUCAACAUGCUUAUUGCCAUGAUGUCCAAUUCGUAUCAAAUCAUCUCGGAGAGAGCCGAUACCGAGUGGAAGUUCGCCCGUUCGCAGCUGUGGAUGAGCUACUUCGAGGAUGGCGGCACCAUUCCACCGCCAUUUAACCUCUGUCCCAACAUGAAGAUGUUGAGGAAGACUCUGGGGCGAAAGCGACCCUCACGAACCAAGAGCUUUAUGAGAAAAUCCAUGGAGCGGGCACAGACCCUGCAUGACAAAGUGAUGAAGCUGCUGGUCAGGCGCUACAUUACGGCGGAGCAGAGGCGGCGGGACGAUUACGGCAUUACCGAGGAUGAUAUCAUUGAGGUGCGCCAGGACAUCAGCUCCCUGCGCUUCGAACUACUGGAGAUUUUCACGAACAAUAGCUGGGAUGUUCCCGACAUUGAAAAGAAGUCGCAGGGAGUUGCCCGAACCACCAAGGGUAAGGUAAUGGAACGUCGCAUUCUCAAGGACUUCCAAAUUGGUUUUGUGGAGAAUCUGAAGCAGGAAAUGAGCGAAAGUGAGAGCGGAAGAGAUAUCUUCUCAUCGCUGGCUAAGGUUAUUGGCAGAAAGAAGACCCAAAAGGGAGACAAGGAUUGGAAUGCCAUUGCGAGAAAGAAUACUUUUGCUUCCGAUCCCAUUGGUUCAAAGCGCUCCUCCAUGCAGCGUCAUAGCCAACGAAGUCUGAGGAGAAAGAUCAUCGAACAGGCCAAUGAGGGUCUGCAGAUGAACCAGAACCAGUUGAUAGAAUUCAAUCCCAAUUUGGGUGAUGUGACUCGGGCAACGAGAGUGGCCUAUGUGAAGUUCAUGCGAAAGAAGAUGGCUGCAGACGAAGUUUCCAUAGCCGAUGAGGAUGGUGCUGCGAAUGGCGAAGGGGAAAAGAAGCCUCUGGAUGCCUCUGGGUCCAAAAAAUCCAUAACUAGUGGCGCAGGAGCUGGCGGAGGAGUCCCUAUGAUGGCUGCAGCUGCUCUGCGAGCUUCAGUCAAGAAUGUGGAUGAGAAAUCCGGGGAUCAGGACAAAGACAAGAAGCCCGAUGGCAAAGCCAGCACUGCCAGCAAGCCAGGCGAUGACAAGAAACCAGGAGGAGAGGCUAAGAAGCCAGGUGAUGAUAAGGAUAAACAGCAGCCUCCCAAGGACUCCAAACCGCCACCAGGAGGUCCCAAGCCCGGUGAUCAGAAACCCACUCCAGGAGCAGGUGCUCCAAAGCCCCAAGCGGCUAGUGCCAAUGGUCAAACCAAACCCGCUGACCAGCAAAAGAAGGAUGCUCCGGCACCGCCAACCAAACCAGGAGACACCAAGCCAACGGCUCCCAAGUCCGGAGAACCUGCAAAGCCCGAGGCGGCUGCCAAGAAGGAGGAGUCCUCAAAGAGCCAAGAUCCCAGCAGCAAGCCGGGAGCCACAAAUGGAGCAGCCAAGAGUGCAGCUCCCGCGGCUCCGGCGGAUGCCAAACCGGAUGCCAAGCUAAAAUCUGGAGCAGCUGGAGCUCCCGAGGUAACCAAGGCCACCAAUGGAGCCUCCAAGCCAGAGGACAAGAAGCCGGGUGACGCCAAGUCAGGAGAGGAAGCCAAGGACAAGAAGCCAGGCGAUGAUAAGGAUAAGAAGCCAGGCGAUGCUAAGGACAAGAAGCCAGCCGAUGACAAAGACAAGAAACCUGCCGACAAUAAGGAUAAGAAACCAGGUGACGACAAGGACAAAAAGCCAGGUGAUGACAAGGAUAAGAAACCAACUGAUGACAAGGACAAGAAACCAACCGAUGACAAGGACAAGAAGCCAGCAGCUGGAGUAGCUCCUCUGAAACCGGCCAUCAAAGUGGGACAAAGUAGUGCAGCCGCUGGCGGAGAACGGGGCAAAUCCACGGUCACGGGUCGCAUGAUCUCCGGCUGGCUAUAGAGCAUCACUAAAAUCCAGUGUCACCCAUUUGGUUAGCAGUUAUAUAAGCUUAAGAUCCUUUUGUCUGAACAAUAAACGAUUCUCAAAUAUUAUU